CAGGCUGCUGAAGGAUGGGUGACGACCGGCCCUUCGUGUGCAGCGCCCCGGGCUGCGGACAGAGGUUCACAAAUGAGGACCACCUGGCGGUUCAUAAACACAAGCAUGAGAUGACAUUGAAAUUCGGCCCCGCUCGCACCGACUCCGUCAUCAUCGCAGACCAGACUCCGACCCCGACUCGGUUCCUGAAGAACUGUGAGGAGGUGGGACUCUUCAACGAGCUGGCCAGCUCCUUCGAGCACGAGUUCAAGAAAGCUGCUGAGGAUGAUGAGAAAAAGGGCUCAGGGGCCCUGGACAUGUCCCUGCCCUCCACGCCGGACAUCAGGAUCAAGGAGGAGGAGCCGGUGGAGGUGGACUCGUCCCCGCCGGACAGCCCCGCGUCACGGCCACGCUCGCCCCAGCACAAGGACAAGGAACUGCCCUCCAAGCCACUGAUGCUCUCCACACCCACGCCCACCAUCGUGCGGCCGGGCUCGCUGCCGCUGCACCUGGGCUACGACCCCCUGCACCCCACGCUGCCGUCCCCCACCUCCGUCAUCACCCAGGCCCCCCCCUCCAACAGACAGCUGGGGUCUCCCACCGGCUCCCUCCCGCUCGUGGUGCAGCUCGCCAACGGCCAGGCCAUGCCCGUGCUGCCCGGCCCCCCCGUGCAGAUGCCGUCUGUCAUUUCGCUGGCCCGGCCGGUGGCCAUGGUGCCCAACAUCCCUGGCAUUCCCGGGCCCCCCAUCAACAGCAGCGGGUCCAUCUCGCCCUCGGGACUCCCGGCACAGUCCGAAGCCAAAAUGGUG